AUGGGAAAUAACCAGGGUGCGAUACAUAAGCGCGAACGUACUCAGGAAGGUCAGCAGAGGACACGACUUUGGAGUGGCAGCGCGUCAACGCCUCUCGGAAGUGGAGGUAGUGUUGCAGAAGAUGGAUGUCCUGUUCAAGUGAAGAUUGCUAAAAGCGAUGGUUCUUGUUCUACACCAAGUAUACAAUUUACCGAAACAAAUGAGUAUCCGGUAGUCUUUAAAUGGAAAGGAGGAAGUCAAACUAAGGCGGUUUACGUAUCAGGAUCGUGGGAUGGUUGGAAGCGAAAAAUUCCUUUGGUAAAGUCAACUUCAGAUUUCUCAACUAUAAUAGAUCUUCCUCAAGGGAAGCAUGAGUAUAAAUAUUUGGUGGAUGGUAAAUGGAUGGUUGAUGAAAGUGUGCUGAAGACCGAGAAUAAACUUGGCAGCCAGAACAAUGUUAUUGCCAUAGAUGAAGCGGAUUUUGAGGUUUUCGAUGCACUUGAUCGAGACUUAGCCUCUUCGAAUGCUGGUGAGGCAAUGAGGAAAGUAAGUGUUGCUGGAGCACACCCUCCCUCUCACGAUACGCCCAACGACAGAGAAUUAGAAAAACUUAAGCAGUACACUCAGGAAACUCCGGACCGUAGGGAUUUCGAAAAGGCCCAAAAUCCUCCAGUUUUACCGCCUCAUCUUCUCCAAGUUAUUUUGAACAAGGAUACUCCUGUGCAGUGUGAUCCAAAUGUGCUUCCAGAACCAAAUCAUGUAAUGUUAAACCACCUUUAUGCGCUUUCAAUCAAAGAUGGUGUUAUGGUAUUGUCAGCUACUCAUCGCUACCCAUUAUUUGAUUGUACAUUUGGAAUUCCGUUGAUCUACAAUUUUCACAACAUUGAGCGUAUUUCCAUUAACGGAAAAGUCGUUUUACUCUGUGCCGUCAUGAGUUGUUGGGGAAAAGCAGUUUUGGCAUUUAGUGUUUCUGGAGGUCCUGUCAGACGUGAUUUAUCAAAAGGUCUAGAUCCCUCUGGGGAAGAUUAUUUUGACGUUGGAAUAACGGGUGGAUUUAUUCGCGGUUUUCCUCCAUUAGGGCACAAAAGUUUUACGUUAUGGAAAAAACGGGGCACUUGGUGGCCAGCUAAUGCUUUAAGGUGUGAUUGGGUGUUAUGCGUUAGUGCAGGUUUGAACCCUUGUAAGUGUACGAAAGUGGCGCAUACUUAUGAUGAGUGGAGAGUUUUGGUGAAACCUGAAGAGGAGAAUACAUACACCUUGCUUGUCACUCUCGAUUUGUCAGUGAAUAGGACCAACUACACGGUUUGGUUUUUAAGAAUUAUACGCUCAGCAUUUGCGGUAAUUUUCGUCAAUCUUGUGGAGAAGGAUAUAGUAGAAAGUGAAUGUGUAAUCCUAAAGGAAAAACGAAUUCAUGAGCCAGAUGUAACUGUUUCAUUCCGAUUCCGGGUGAUCGAUACAUUAGCUUCGCAAAAUCUCACCAUUGAAACUCCUUAUCGCAACUUUGAGUUAGUGUGUGAAGAGAAGUCAUUUUUUGUUGAUGUCGGUUAUCUAUCGUCUCUUGGAGGGAAAUUGUUUACUGAAUGGAAUGACGACUUUCGGAAAGGUACGACGCGUAAAGUGGUAGUGGACCUGACUUUAGCUGAGCUACAGUGUUUAUUAGAUGGUACAGCAAAAAACUAUGAUGAACUUCUUCAAAUUGCUUUUCGUCUUGGAAUUGGACAAGUUUUACGAACGGUUGAAAGCUUUUUGAUCGAUGCAACUUGGAUACACCCUAUUCGAAAACUUGAAUUCGCAGUUAUAUACAAGCUUGCCCGUCUCGGAGAUUGUGUCUCUCGAGACGUUAUUGCGUCUGGUACCGCUGUCGAGACACUACACAAUUAUUUAUCAGAGAACUCCGAAACUUUAGAGCAGGUAGUACCGAGUACUAUGGGUCAAGCUCAUCCUUUUAAAACUGACGUUUUAGAUAAAAAAAAUAGCAUUUUCUUCAAGGUCCAUCCUGAUGUGUUACUAUCGCUAAAUAUUCACCCGGACUAUGUUCUACUGUAG